AUGUCGGAUGACACGAAAAAUCAGCACACUACUUUGAAUGUGACAAAAGCGGUGAGCAUUUUUUGGAUUUUCGAGCUCAAAUUCAAGAUUUUUGGUGCUAGAGAUUCCGACAAAAAAUUUUGGAAAAAAUUUACUGUUUCAGGAAUUCUCAUAGAACAUUAAUUUAUCUAGGUUUAUAAUAGCUUUAUGUUUCAUCUCACAAUAUUUAAAAUUUCAGCCAAAAAGUUUCCAGUUGAACACGGUGAAAUUUCAAAAAAAAAUUACAAAAGUUUACUGUUUCAAAGAAUGUUUAUAAAUUUAUAACAAUAAUUAUUUUUAAUCGAAUUACCUCUUUCAUGGGAGACUAUAAAUUACAACAAAAAAUUCAGAUUCAAAAAUUUAGCCAAAAAAUUACUGUUUCAAAAAAUGUUCAUUAAUUUUUUGAAAUUUAUUUAUCUCAGUUCAUCAAUAUAUGAGGAUUAGCAUAAACAAAGAAAAAUUAUGAAUUUCAGCCAAAAAACCAGCAUUUUUGAUUGACAAAAAUUCACUGUUUCAAAAAAUCUUUAUAAAUUUAUAACAGUAUUUUUUUUUAAUUCACAUGUCUUGUGGGAAAAUUAUAAAUUUCAUGUCGAAAAUUCCAGAUCCAAAAACUUAGACAAAAAUUUACUGUUUCAAAAAAUCUUGAUAUUUUUAUAACAGUAAUUUCUUCAGUUCGUACUUCAUAGUGGUGGUAAAUUAUAAAUUACAACCAAAAAAAUCCAGAUUCAAAAUAAAGUACAAAAAUCUACUGUUUCAAAAAUUUUUCAUUGAUUUUUGAAAUUGAUUUAUUUUAGUUGAUCAAAAUUGAGGACAAAGAAAAAUUAUGAAUUUUAGCCAAAAAAACUGAAUUUUUGGUUGGCCAAAGUUCACUGUUUCAAGAAAUCGUUAUAAAUUCAUAACAGUUAUUAUUUUUAAUUCGCGCCUUCUCUCCGGGAAAUUAUAGAAUUAAUUGUUUUUCGGGAAAUUAUAAAUUUCAUGUCAAAUUCCAGAUCCAAAAACUUAGACAAAAAUUUACUGUUUCAAAAAUUGUUCAUUAAUUUUUUGAAAGUGAUUUAAUUUAGUUUAUCAAAAAAAAAAAGACGACAAAGAAAAAUUAUGAAUUUUUGUUUAGCAAAAAUUCACUGUUUCAAAAAAUCUUGAUAAAUUUAUCAGAAUAAUUUUUAUCGAUUCCAAAGUUAGAGAACUCAAAAAAAUGAAAACCGUGAAUUUUUUUCAAAAUUUUCAGCCAAAAAUAUUUGAUCAUCUAAAAAUCCCCCACAAAAACUCACCUAAAUUUGCAGGCCGUCUCUGUAGCUGGCACAGUCGCCAAAUCCACUCCCCUAAGUGCCGUAGGUGUUGCGUUAGACGUGGCCGACGUGGGUCUAAGUGUCUACGAUGAUCGUAAGAAUUCGACGACUCGCAAUACGGUCACAACAAUUUCGGCGACCACGGCUGGAUUUGGUGGAGGUGUGGCUGGUGGAUUGGUGGGAGCCACUGCUGGAACUGCGAUUUGUCCAGGUAAGAAGGGGAUUUUUGGCGCGGGGAAACUGAUCUUUUUGAUAUUUUCUCAUAAUUUUUGCAGAAAUUGGGAGAAAAUAUGAUUUUUGAUUCUGAUUUUGAGAAUUUUUCACUGUUUCAAAAAAAUUAGAUAUUUUUGUAGGUUUUUAAUUUUUAAUUAAAACACGGAUGUUAUUUUUGGAGCUCUAAUUUUAGAAAAAAAAUCUGAAAUUUAAAAAAUUAUGCAUUUUUGAAUUUUCAUUGUUUCAAAAAUUCUUCAAAUUUUUUAGUUGCUCACAAAACAGCUUGAAAUCGAAGGUACUAUUUCGGGAAAAAUUUUUUGUUGAAAAUUUUUCACUGUUUCAAAAAUUUCUUAUAAUUUUUUGAGUUUUUCUACUUCAAUGUUAAGAGCAUGUAUACUUCAUUCAAAUAAUUCCAGAAAUUAAACAAAAAAUCUCCAAAAUCUAGUCAACACACCCGCUCAAACAAUGAAAAAAUUAGCAAAAUGCUGUUCUCAUUGGCGUACCAAUUUUAGCUACCUUAGAGGUCGUUAUAUGAAAAACUAAAAAUAGCAUUAGAAUCAGCGUCUCAAGAUCUACAUUAAACUAUGUUACUCAUAUUUUUAGGGGUCCUGCGAAGAAAGUUACGAUUUGCGUCGAGACCACGCGGUUAAAUAAAUACGUGUUCCUUUAAUCAGCAACGUAAAUCAAUGAAAUAAUUGGCGUACCAAUUUUCGUUAGGAAAACAGGCGUUAGAGAAAAAUGAAAAAUACCACGAGAUUCAGCGUGUCGAGAUCUACAUUAAACCAUAAGAUUCAUAAUUCCUAGGAGCCCAGGAAGGCCAGCUUUUCGAGACCCAAUAAAUUAAUAAAUGUAUGUUCCUUUGAACGAACAAAACAUGGUGAAUUUUCGAGAGACGCAGAGACGCUGAUCAAAGGGACAUGUAUUUAUUUAACCGCGUGGUCUCGACGCAAAUCGUAACUUUCUUCGCAGGACCCCUAAAAAUAUGAGUCACAUAGUUUAAUGUAGAUCUUGAGACGCUGAUUCUAAUGGUAUUUUUAGUUUUUCAUAUAACGACCUCUAAGUUAUCGAAAAUUGGUACGCCAAUGAGAACAGCAUUUUUCUUAUUUUUUCAUUGUUUGAGCGGGUGUGUGUGUCAAACAUCCCUGAUUUUUUCCAAAAAAAAAUCAUAUUUUUUCACUGUUUCAAAAAUUUCUAAUAUUUUUUGAGGUCCAGAUGUUUGAUUUCUCAGCAUUGUUUUAAACCCAAAAAUUAUACGUUUCAAAAAUUCUUCAAAUUUUUGUAGCUUCUUAAAAAAACUGAUUCUAUGUAUUUGGUUAUAUUCCGAACAUUUUCUGUUGAAUUUUUUCACUGUUUCAAAAUGUUAUUAAUAAUUUUUUGAAUUUUUGUACAAUUAGUAUUCCACACAAAGAAGACUCUAAUUUCGGAAAAGAAAAUUUCAAAAAAAUUCCUUAUUUUUUCACUGUUUCAAAAAUUUCUAAUUUUUUUUUGAGGUCCAGAUGUUUGAUUUCUCAGCAAAAUAAUACGUUUCAAAAAUUCUUCAAAUUUUCGAGUUUCUUACAAAAGCUGAUUCAAUUUGGUUAUAUUCCGAACAUUUUCUGUUGAAACUUUUCACUGUUUCAAAAAAAUUUGAUAGUUUUUUCAACUACAUAACAAUGUUUGGUCAACUUCUCGUUAAAAAAUUCUGAUUCCAGGCAUUGGCACAAUAGUUGGUGGAAUAGUUGGUGGUGUAAUUGGUGGAGUUGGAGCUAGAUUUGGAGCAAAAAAAGCAAUCAAUAAAGUUGGCGAUGAUUUGGAGUAUGAUAUCGAGAUUUUGGUUUGCUCGAAAUGUGGUGAACAAUUUGAAUGCCAUGUUUAUAAAACCGGAAGGGCUAAGAGUUUAUGUGAAGAUUGUAGGUGA